CUUCAUUUAUUAGUCCAAACUACAAAUCCCUUUCCCCACUAACAUUCUUUAUUCUCUCUCUCUCUCUCUCUCUCUCUCUCUCUCUCUAUUAAUUCCUUCUCCCCUAUGCACAAAUAGAGAAAAAAAAUCAUGGAGCUUGGUUUAAGCUUAGGAGAUUCUUCAAAGCCUCUAAUUGGUUUAAUGGAAAAGCAUCCUCAUGAAGCUUCCAAAGAACUUGGUUUAGGCUUCAACACCACUUUAUCAAUUGGUCCGAUCAACACUGCACAAAGAGAUCAACUUCAACAAGAAGAAGAAGAAGAAGAUGAUGAAAAGACUAAAAGGGACACUGAAAAUCCAAACCCUGUAUUAUUGCAUCAGCUUGAUCUUCUUCCUCAACUCUCAUUACCAUGGCAUCCUCCUUCUCAAAAUGUUGGUAGAUUAUUAUCAACUGAGUUUGGUGGUUCUUCAAGGGGUUUGGAUGUGAACGUGGUUCCACCGGUGACAGCGGUUGUUAUGGCGGAUGAUGAAGCCACGCUUUCAUCAUCACCUAAUAGCGCAGCGUCUUAUUUUCAAAUGGAUCUCUGUAUAUACAAUCAAGGAGGAAGUGGCGGCCGUGGUGGUGGGAGUUUGAGUGGCUCAGGAGGGAACAAAAGAGAGUUUUCUGAUGGUGAUGGUGAAGGUUAUGAUCAAAGAAACUGUUCAAGAGCUAGUGAUGAAGAUGAUAACUGUGGUGGUGGAAACACAAGGAAGAAGCUUAGGCUCUCAAAAGAUCAAUCUGCUUUUCUUGAAGAGAGUUUCAAAGAACACCACACUCUUAAUCCUAAACAAAAAUUGGCUCUUGCAAAACAACUCAAUCUUCGACCUCGCCAAGUAGAAGUUUGGUUCCAAAACAGAAGAGCAAGGACUAAGUUGAAGCAAACAGAAGUAGACUGUGAAUAUUUAAAGAGAUGUUGUGAGACAUUAACAGAAGAGAAUAGGAGGCUACACAAGGAACUUCAAGAAUUAAGAGCUUUAAAAACUUCAAAUCCAUUUCAAAUGCAAUUACCAGCAACUACUUUAACUAUGUGUCCUUCAUGUGAACGUGUAGCAACCAAUUCUACCGCAACUUCUUCUGUCACUACAAAUACCACAAUCAAUGCUAAUAACAAAACAAGUGAUGAUUCCACUUCAAAGGUCAAUAUUGGAUUCCCUUUUGGAAAACCAAGGUUUCAAAAACAACAUCAUGAAUUGAAUUGAAUUGAUUAAUGAUUAUAUAGUGAAGUUGUUGGAAAUGAAAUUUAUUUCAUUUUGUGUACAUAGGGAAUUUAAUUAAUUUGUGAGAGGGUGAUAGUGUUUUCUUUUUCUUUUUGCUCCCUUUGUUUGUAUGGGAGUUGGUAUAGAAUUUAUGAUAAUUGGAUUUUUGUUUUCUCUA